AUGGCGAAAGCUUGCGGAGUGAGGAAGAUGAAGCUGGGAAGCCAAGGCUUUGAGGUAUCGGCACAAGGUCUUGGUUGCAUGGGCCUCUCCGCUUUCUACGGUGCUCCGAAGCCGGAAACCGACGCAAUCGUUCUUCUCCACCACGCUAUUGACUCUGGUGUUACUUUCCUCGACACCUCCGACAUCUACGGUCCUCAGACCAACGAAAUUCUCAUCGGCAAGGCUCUCAAGGAUGGGUUAAGGGAGAAAGUGGAACUUGCGACCAAAUUUGGAAUCAGUUAUGCAGAGGGAAAGAGAGAGAUAAAGGGAGAUCCUGCGUAUGUGAGAGAGGCUUGUGAGGCUAGUUUAAAGCGUCUAGAUGUUUCCUGCAUCGAUCUUUAUUAUCAGCAUCGGAUCGAUACUCGCGUCCCCAUCGAAAUCACUAUGGGAGAACUGAAGAAGCUAGUUGAAGAAGGGAAAAUAAAGUACAUCGGUUUGUCUGAAGCUUCAGCUUCAACUAUCAGAAGAGCACAUGCGGUUCACCCAAUAACUGCUGUGCAGUUAGAGUGGUCCUUGUGGACAAGAGACGUGGAAGAAGAUAUCGUCCCGACUUGCAGGGAGCUUGGGAUCGGUAUUGUUGCUUACAGUCCUCUAGGACGAGGUUUCUUCGCAUCUGGACCCAAGAUUGUUGAGAACCUAGACAAUAAUGACUUCAUAAAGACUCUACCAAGAUUCCAACAAGAAAACUUAGACCACAACAAGAUUCUUUAUGAGAAAGUUAGUGCAAUGUCAGAGAAGAAAGGAUGCACUCCCGCACAACUAGCCUUGGCAUGGGUUCACCACCAGGGAGAUGAUGUUUGCCCCAUUCCCGGAACUACUAAGAUCGAAAACCUCAAUCAGAACAUUGGAGCUUUAUCUGUGAAACUCACUCCCGAAGAGAUGUCUGUGCUUGAGGCCCUUGCACAACCAGGUUCUGUGAAAGGAGAAAGAUACAGCGACAUUGUACCCACUUUCAAGAACUCUGAGACUCCACCACUGUCUUCUUGGAAUGCUGCUUAA